AUACCAAAAAAAGGAGUAUCAAAAACAUCCACACUACCAAAAAAUGAAACACCAUCAGUAUCAAAACACAAAUCACUAAAAGCAGACGAGCUUUUGCCAUUGUCAAAAAAAGAAACACUAAAAUCAACUUCCAACGUACCAGUAAAAAAAACACAAUCACAGACAAAACACAGAUCACUAACAGCAGAUGACCCUUUCAUAAUACCAAAAAAAGAAGUAUCACAAACAUCCACACUACCAAAAAAUGAAACACCAUCAGUAUCAAAACACAAAUCACUAAAAGCAGACGAGCUUUUGCCAUUGUCAAAAAAAGAAACACUAAAAUCAACUUCCAACGUACCAGUAAAAAAAACACAAUCACAGACAAAACACAGAUCACUAACAGCAGAUGACCCUUUCAUAAUACCAAAAAAAGGAGUAUCAAAAACAUCCACACUACCAAAAAAUGAAACACCAUCAGUAUCAAAACACAGAUCAUUAAAAGCAGAUGAGCCUUUGCCGUUGUCAAAAAAGGAAACUCUUAAAACAACGUCCACUCUACCAGAAAAGGAAACACCAUCACAUCCAAAACACCGAUCACUGACAAAACACAGAUCACUUACAAUAGAUGAACCGUUUCCAUUAUCAAAAGAUGAAACAACGUUCACACUUCCGAAAAAAGAAUCACCAAUAAAAACAAAAACGCUAUCAAUACCAAACAAACAAACACCACCAGCAAGAAAAAGGCCUUUACCGUUAAUAGAAGCCCCACUGCCAAAAGCAACUUCAUCGUUACCCAUAAAAGGACUACCACUUGCAGUAAAAAAGCCGCGAUUAAGUGCAGAUACGAAAACAAAAGUACCGCUGCCAUCGCCAAAACCACCGCUACCAAAAGAGGCACCACCGCCUCUGCCCACAGAACCAUCGGCGCAACUGCCGCUGCUUAUACCUUUUUACCUCUUGCCACCACCGCCGCCACCGUCUUCACCACCGCCCGCACUGUUGUCACAACUGCCUAAAACUAAAUUAAAGCGAAAGGGUGACCCAUCAGUUCUAAUAUGUGAGAUUCCACUGCCGAAGAGGCCAUAUCGUAAACCUAAGGAAGUUCACAAUGCUCUUCAUGAUGCUCAUGGGGAUUUGGACAAGAUUUUAGGCGGCGACGAAAAGCUGUCAUUGCCUUCUGCUAAUAGGGACUGUGAUUAUCAAAUGGACCCGUCUGACGCUGACUACGAGCGUUCCAUUGAUGCGACUCGACCAUUAAAACUGAGUGUGAGCGGCUCAAAUUCACAUCAGCCAAAAUAUGUUCCACAAGAUCAUGACCAUAGUACUUCAAUUGACGGAAAGUCAACUAAUACUAAGCAAGGCUUGGCUAUAAAUCAAGAAUCAAUUGAGAAUAAAAAAUCAAAUCAAUCGACUUCUCUUCCCCAUUCCGUACAAAUGCAAGAUAAUACCAAUACCGGAAAGCAAGCUGAGAAUGAAACGAUUCGAAAAAUCUUCGAACAACGCAAAUAUAUGACAUUGAAGGAAAUCACUAAAGAGACAAAUCUAAGUAAAUCCCGUGUCCGUAAGGUACUUAAGCGUAUAGGAAAAAUAAAACCAUCCAAAUGGCGCAUCACUUCUUGGUACUUAAAGGCCUACAAUGCUGAUUCCAUUCGUGCUGAGGAACCAAACAAUCUUACGGAUACUUAUCGUCAAAUUAUUCGUUCAUUUAACAAUUGUAAAUUUCAACGUUUGUCUGAGAUAUGCGAAAAGACGAGUCUGCCGGAAAAAGAGAUAUUGAAAGCACUACAAACUAUUGGUGAGAAAUGUUCAUCAAAGUGGCGUCUAUUAACCUAUGAGAAGCCACAAGUGCAUGUCCAUCGUGGACACAGGCAAAAUAAUGUUUAGAGAAAUAUUUGGAUUAUAUUUUUAUACAUGAAAUAAAUAGUAUAUAAUUUUUA